AUGGCUGGCAGUCUACGCCGUCCAACCAACUUGAAUGGGCUGCUUUUAGGCGGUGAACGAACUCCCGUGACCUUGGACGAAGUCAUAUCCAUGCGUAGAAUUAUUGAGCAGAAAUUUCACUCUCUUGGUCCUAAUACUCGGUAUUGUGUUGAGAACUUGGCUAAAUCUACCGUAAGGGUCAUUACGGCCUGCGGAUCUCCUUUUUUCAAAGAAAAUGAAGAGCUGAUCAAACAAAACAACGCAAACAACACUCGGACAUUGAGGAAAUCGAUCAUCGUUGGAAAAGCAAAGGUAAUGAGUUUUGAGGAUAUCGAGAAGGAGAUUCAAAGGCGGGAAGAAAAGGGGGCUACUAAAGGAAGUCGUCACGGACGCAAGGCAAAGAAGGCGGGGGCGACGCCUAGUGAAAGGGGAAAGUCGCGUGAGGACGAGAUCGAAUCGGCAAAUCGAGAAUUUAAGCGUGAAGAAUAG